ACAAGUCUAAAAAGUUUACUACGUAUGUAAUAACAGUCUAAUACUUGCCUGGUUUUUCUUUAGUUUUCUCUAAAGUUUUAUUUUGGUAUUUAUUUUCAUUUCAUUAAAUGCAAUCGUUGCCUUUAAUGAAAAAACGCCGUCGAUUUGUUGUUGUAAGCUAGAAAUUCCUAGGCAAAGUCCGGUAUUAUAAAACGCUAAAUAAGCUUCACCGACCAAGGCGUGCACCGUUUUGAAGGCAUGCUGUUGGACCUUGUUUAACUUGGAUCGUCUCGGUUUUUACCGAGUUUGUAGCGUUCUGUCGCCGUGAGCUUAAUCUUUCUCGGUGCCGGCAUGUUUCCGAUAGACUCGCAGUGGAACAUCUCCUUCGCAGGCUGCGGCUUCCUCGGGAUCUACCACAUCGGCGUCGCCAGCUGUCUGCUGGAACAGGCGCCGUUCCUGGUGAAAAACGCCAGACACAUCUACGGCGCGUCCGCGGGAGCCCUCACCGCCACGGCCCUGGUCACCGGAGUGUGUCUUGGAGAGACUGGUGCAAGCUUCUUUGAGGUUGCUAAAGAGGCAAGGAAGCGCUUCCUUGGUCCCAUGCAUCCUUCCUUUAACCUGGUGAAGAUUGUGCGUCUUAUGCUGCGGCGCACGCUUCCAGCCGAAUGCCAUCAUCAGGCCAAUGGGCGCUUGGGGAUUUCUCUCACCCGGGUCACGGAUGGAGAAAAUGUCCUGGUGUCUCACUUCAACAACAAGGAGGAGCUGAUACAGGCAUGCAUCUGCAGCGCUUACAUCCCGGUGUAUUGUGGAUUCAUUCCUCCCACGCUUCAAGGAGUUCGAUAUGUGGACGGAGGAAUCUCAGACAAUUUGCCUCUGUACGAGCUCAAAAACACGAUCACUGUGUCCCCUUUCUCUGGAGAGAGCGACAUCUGCCCCAGAGACACCUCCACCAACAUCCACGAGCUCCGCUUCACCAACACCAGCAUCCAGUUCACCCUCACCAACUUAUAUCGAGUCUCCAGGGCACUCUUCCCUCCGGAUCCAAUGGUUAUGAAGGCCAUGUGUAAGCAGGGAUAUAAAGACGCGCUGCACUUUUUAGAGAGAAAUGGUCUGCUUCAUUUUAACAAACUUCACAGAGGGCCAGCCCUGCAUGUGAGCGGAGAACAGAAACAGGCUGGUGGUGAGGAAGAGGAUGAGGAGAAAAGGGAAGCAGAGGACAAGUCACAAGUGGAGGAGAAGGCAGUGAUGGUUGUUGACACCUCCUCACUAGAUGAACACAUUAUUGAGUACCUCCCACCGGCCCUUCACAAAGCUCUAGUUGAGGCCUGCAUGGAGAGGAAGAGCCUCGUGCAGUCGCUAAGCAACCUUCUCCCAGUCAGGAUGGCGUCAGCCAUGAUGCUGCCCUACACUCUCCCUCUGGAGUCGGCCAUGUCCUUGACCCUCAGACUUCUGGAGUGGCUUCCAGAUGUGCAGGAAGAUGUGGGAUGGAUUCGAGAUCAGACUUUGAAAAUCCUGCAUCACAUUCUUUCCCGGGCCUCAAAAAGCGUUUCCCGGCAUGUCUCUGCCAGAUUGUUCUGCCAUCUGGAGUUGCACCACUACCGCUCUCUGCCAUCCAAGUCCAGCUCCACCAGCCUGUUUCCUUCCUGGGUGAAUGAAAGCAGCCCUUCCGUCCAGGAUGUCUUUGUCCGUCUUGAGCAGUACAAGAAGCAGCUGUUAUCUGGGGUUUUCUGCAUCAACAUGGACCUGCAAGGAUCCUUUAAAGCUGGAGAUCUGUCACCCGAUAACACAACCAGAAAAGACUUCCCAGCACUCGGCGACAGAAGCAAACCUUUAACUAGAUCUCAGAGUUUUUGGUAGGCCUUCGCUGCAGAUGUACUCAUUCUAGAUCCAGAAGGAUGGGAAUGCUCUUUUAUGAUGUGUCCUUAAAGAAAUGUACAUGUGCGAUCUGAUCAGCCACUUUACAGUGUUUGUGAACAAUCAUUGAAGAUUUUCACACAGUUUUGCCUGACCACGAAAAGAAAGUCUCAUUCUCAAGUGCAGUCUAGCAGUUUGUAGUACAACUGCUGGGUGUCAUUUACUUUACAUGUGUACUCACCCCUGUUCAGACUUGAAUGGCAGGAUGUAAAAAAUAAAAAAAGAAGUGGAUUUGAAGUAAAACAAUGAUAACAGGACAAGUGUUUAUGUUUUUAGUGGAAUGUGGUCAGACCGGGAGUGCACCAGCGUUUUCCUGCCUCUAGUCACUUCAGGCUCACAGGAAGCACAGAGCCAAAUGGAAACCAGUGUAGGUGCUUUGUUACAAGUUGUUACUCCGUUAAUGUGAAGCAAGCUUCAAUGCACCUUUUGUGGGGGGGGGGGGGGGGGGGGGAACCCUCACUCUGUGAGAUCUUUGUUGCUAAUAUAAUGCAAGCAACUUUGUGAAUAUGUGUCAAAUGCAACAUAAUUUAGCAAUUUUUUUCUGGUCAUCUUGAUUGACAAAUUCUUUACUACCUACAAAACAUAUCAGCAUGCAAAUGACUUAGUCAAGUCCUUUUUAUCUGAGUUGCACUUUAUGUUCUUAGGUUCUGACCUAACUGUCAAAGUACUUUCUUUGAACUUCCUGUCAUGUUUUCAUUUUUUUAAUCAGCCAUCGUGUUGUGUGUAGAUCUUCAAAGCAGUCAUUUACAUGUAAUGUAUAAUGUUGAAAAUGCCAGAAAAAUGUUUGUGAACAUGAAAUAAACCAAUACUGAUGAUGAG